AUGGCGAGGCUAAGUUCAAAUCACAGUGCAUCUAUCUUCUAUGCUUAUUGCCAGAUCGUAUUGCCUCUGUUUGUUCUCCUUUUGCAGAUUUUCUCUCCACUUAUGGCUUCUGGUUCUACAGUAGAGUUUCUUCCCGGCUUCAAAGGACCUCUUCCUUUUCACCUUGAAACAGGGCACGUGGGAAUUGGGGAAUCAGAAGAAGUGCAAGUUUUCUAUUAUUUUAUCAAGUCUGAGAACAAUCAUGAAGAUGAUCCUAUCCUUCUUUGGCUAUCUGGGGGUCCUGGUUGCUCUGGAUUGAUGGGCCUUGCCUUUGAAAUAGGGCCACUUGCAUUUGUAAACCAAGAAUACAAUGGGAGCUUGCCUAGCUUAGUGUUGAGGCCACAAUCAUGGACUAAGGUAAGUAGUAUUAUCUUUGUAGAUUUACCUAUUGGAGCAGGUUUCAGUUACACCAACGAAAAAGAAAUUGUUGAGCAGAGUGAUUGGACCCUAAUCCAUCAUGCCCACCAAUUUUUGAGGAAGUGGUUGAUCAAUCAUCCGGAAUACCUAUCACAUAAAGUGUAUCUGUCUGGUGAUUCCUAUUCGGGCAUUCCCAUCCCAGCCUUGUUUCAAGAAAUUUCAUAUGCGAAUGAAAAUGGGGUCCAACCACGAAUAAAUAUCCAGGGAUACAUUCUAGGGAAUCCCGUGACAACAAAGCACGAAAUAAAUUAUGCAAUCCCUUUUGCUCACGGAAUGGGACUGAUCUCUGAUGAACUCUACGAGUCAUUACAGCAAAACUGUGGAGGGGAGUACAGAAACAUAGACCCCAAAAACUUGUCAUGUCUUAGAGAUUUUCAAUCAUUCCAAGAGUUAAUUGCAGAAGUGGAUCAAUAUCAGAUUUUGGAACCAGCCUUUUGCGGUUAUGAUCUAAAAAUGGUGCCCCAAAGAAGUAUUUUAAAGAGAUCUCUGGCUGAGAAAGUGGAGGCCACUAACACUGCAUCAAGAUGUCGGAGGCACGGAUAUUUGCAAGCUCAACAUUGGGCCAACAAUGGUUGCGUUCGCAAAGCACUCCAUGUUAAAGAAGGAACUGGAAGACACUGGACGCGUUGUAAUCAUAAUAUGCCUUUUAAGUUUGAAAUCAAUGACAGCUUUCAUUUUCAUGUAAAUCUCAGUGCCAAAGGUUAUCGUUCCUUGAUAUUCAGUGGGGAUCAUGACAUGGCUUGUUCUUUCUUAUCAACACAAGCAUGGAUCAGAUCUUUGAAUUAUUCCAUUGUUGAUGACUGGAGGCCUUGGCAUGUCAAUGGCCAAGUUGCUGGAUACACAAGGACUUACUCCAAUCGAAUGACAUUCGCAACUGUCAAGGGUGCAGGACAUACAGCUCCAGAGUUCAAACCUGAUGAAUGUCUUGCCAUGUUCGAGAGGUGGAUAUCUAAUGAGAAUCUCUAG